AGAGCUACUUACAGUGUGUUAAUGUUCUGAUAUGUAUUUUUUGGCCAUCGUACCAGCUGUCGGAGAUAACAAUAUGGGCCUUUAACGAAAACGCGUUGAACAAAUAAUACAUGUUAUUAUUGUUUUAAAUUUAGAUUUUUUUCUGAUAUAAGGUAUAUUUAAUUUUGUAUUAUUGUCGCAUAGUGAUGUCUUUGCCAGUUGACAAUGAUAUUCAUGAAUUAAAAUUGGGAAACAGCUUCGAUACUCACUCGAAAGUAGGAUUUCAUACCAUACGAUGUAAGUAAAGUUUAAGUACUUAAGUUACAAAUAAAUAUUACUUUGGGUUAAGGCUAGGACAAUCAUAAUAAAUUAACUUGUGCAACAGAUAGUAUCGUUUUACCCUUCGUUUUACUAUUAAAAGUUAUAAUUGUUUUAAAUAAUAAUUAGGUGCUCAUUUUCAUUUAUUGAAAGUUAUAUAAAAAAUAAUAUGGGUGAUACAAAAAAUAAAAUUAAGUGCAGAGUACAGUAAAAUAACUUUUAAGAUGUCAAGUAAGUGUACAUUUUUUACUGUAACUAGUAACUAGGCUAAAUAUAGAGUAGAGCAUGUUAUUGUUAUAAUGUAGCUACCUAGAUUAAUAAUCUUGCUCUUCUACACACAUCCAUUGGACUUGGACAGACAACUAGGCAACUUAAUAGUAUAGGCUUCUAUUUCUAUUAUACUAUAAAUUAAAAUUAUACUGUAUACUCAGCAUGACUGUAUGAAGAAUGUGACUAUACUAUACUAUAUGCCAUAUAAUAUAUGAAGUGUCUACAGGUCCGGCGACCGGAUGAAUAAUUCUCGAGAUAUUCAUCCGGCGACCAGGUCACACGACUGCCGUAUCAAAGUUGGGCAUGAUAUCUGUUUGACUGUUUGUCAGUCUAGUCACUUGACCACUAAUGAUCUAUCUUAAACUGGCGUCGGAGAUGCAUGGGAGGCGAGGGGGGCAACGAGUAUACACUUUAUUUCAAGAAAUAAGUAAGUGGGGGGGGGGGGAGCAAUGGCGCAAUGCAUACUAGAAGGAAGAAAUACUGAAAGCAAGAGAGAAAGGACAAAAAUGAUUGUGAGGGUGAUAAAUAAUUAAGGCGGGGAUGUCCAAAGUUCACAAAUAGAAAUAGACCCUAUAUCUUAAUAUAGGCCAAUGUUGAGUGCUGUACUGUUGGGGAAGCCUACUUCUCACGCAAUAUUAAUAGCCUAAAAUAAAACUUUUUUGACACUAUUUGGAUAGAUCUAUUGACAUUCAACUGGCAAGUAUUGAUCUUAUUUUCUUUGGUUCAUAUUUUAAAUUUAGGCUAUUAGGUUGACCUUUUUAAGAUAUUUAAACCAAGAUAACGAGACUUUUUUUUUUUUUUUUUAAAUUUUUCCAGCAACCUCUUGUCAAAUGACAUGUCUGCCAGAAUAAUAACACAAUCUAUUCGUCCGCCAUUCAUUGGACAUGCCUGCUGUUAGGCUAUUAGGUUGACCUUUUUAAGAUAUUUAAACCAAGAUAACGAGACUUUUUUUUUUUUUUUUUAAAUUUUGCCAGCAACCUCUUGUCACAUGACAUGUCUGCCAGAAUAAUAACACAAUCUAUUCGUCCGGCAGUCAUGUGACAUGCCUGCUGGCAGAAUAUCUCCCGCACCAUUUUUCCAGUCGACGGACAUGUAGACACCGCCUAUAAUAUAUGGCAUGUUAUAGUAAAUAAUACUAUAUAUAAUAUAUAGUAUAGUUACUAAAUUAUAUAGUUUUUAAGUUUAAGACUUAGUAUUAAUUAGGUUAAACCAGGGCGUAAAUUAAGUACCAGCCUCAAAACAAGGAAUAUUUAAGAAACAUUCUGCUGACACAAUAUCAAGAGUAUUUUAAAUUUUAGAGUUGUUUUAUUUGAUUUUUAAAUAAGAGGCUAGUUAAUUAGUUUUAAUUACUCUAAAAUUAAGAUUUAAGAUGAUCAUUAUGUCAAAAAUGCUAAUCCUACUUAGUACGCCAUUGGACUUAUUUGCUAAUUGAUGAGGAAAAUAAAUAACAAAAGAUUUGUUUUAUAUGAAGUUUAAAAAUGGAGUGUACUAGAGGAUAAGUAGUAGUAAUAGUCAUAUGCAAAUGUGAUUUAAGUCUUAUUAUGUAGCCCCCACUAUAUCUGUUUCUUAUACUUUAUUAAAGCUUUCUAACAAUGGCUAUUGCAAUUUUUGUAAUGUAAUAGAGUAGUAUAUAUUGUACGAAGUGUACUUGGGAUAAAAUAUAGGUCUAUUGAAAUAUCUUUAAAAAUCUACAUUUAGAUGACUUUAAGCCUGCUUCAGUCGACACCAACAAGGAGGCAUGUGUUGAGGUUGGUAAAGGGAAUCAGGUGACAGUUACUGUUCCUCAUGUGGAGGUAAGGAAUUUUCAUUUCUAACAUAACUUAUUGGAACUACUUUUUUAAAAUCUGAGCUCCAUUAAUAGCCAGUCUUUUUUUUCUUUCCUUCAUUGUUUUUAAAUUAAUGAAGAACUGCCAAGAACAUGUAAUUUAAAUAUUCCCUGUAAUGUUAUGAUAAUAUAAAACAGGCCACUAAGUCUGUCCAACAUUUUUUACUACCCACCUUGUGCCAAUGUGAUCAUAUCUCUCACAUUUAUCAUUCUCAUACACCGCUAUCCGUCAGAUCAGCUCCAUCCUCCACUACCUCACACUUAGCGCAACAAAACCCUAGUCUGUGCUCUUGUUCUCUCUCAUCUUGACUAUUUCAACUUUUUCUUCUGUCAGGUUCACCAAAACAUUUCAUAGAAAAACUACAAAAGGUUCAAAACUCGGCUGCUAAGCUAAAGGAAAAAAAACAUCACUCCACUACUCCACUCACUUCAUUGGCUCCCUUUACUAGCACAUAUUGAAAUUGCUACAAACUCUGUUCUCAGCCACAAAUUUUUCUCGGAUUCCUGCCCUUCCUAUCUAAUCAAACUUCUUUUUGUCUAUUCACCCCUUCGAAAGCUUCGCUCCUUUGCAGACACAUGUAUUCUUUCUUUUCCCAAGACAUGCACUAAAAUAUACGGUGAACGAUCUUUCUCUUUCUGUGCCCCCAAACAAUGGAAUUCUCUUACUCUACACAUCCGAAAUAUACUGACCAUUCAGGCCUUCAAAACGACACUCAAGACACAUCUCUUUAAAUUAUACAGCUGUUUUUUAAUUAAAUAAAUGUGUGUAAUUUUUUAAUGUCAUGAUUAUGUUUGCUAAUAUUUUUAUGUGCAGUGCUGUGAGCCCAGCCCUAGGCUGGGGUAUUGCGCUAUAUCAGAUCACUGUAAUAAUAAUAAUAAUAAUAUAUUCCUUAGUUGGGAGAGCUGUGCUUUUGUUUUUAUUGAUGCACUUUUAAUGACGAAAUAAUGAUACAUCUACACAAUAUGAAUUCUAUUAUUUUCUAAUAAUUUUGAUUUUAGGGAUCUGGUAUAAGCCACACUGUAUUCAAAGGAAAUAAGCAGCCUGUGAUGAAAGAAUGUGUCCUUAUAAUUGAUCACAAUACUGGGACAUUCACUCUUGAACAGUUAACUAGCAAAAUAACUGUUAAGAAAACCAGGUAAGCAAACUGUAUUUUAAUGACUAUCAAACUCUCUGGCUAAGAAAUUCUUAACUAUUUAAUUAAACUUGUACCUUGAAAUUAAGUAUACGAUCCAUAUUUUUUGUUGUUAUUAAGGAAUUUGCAAUUAGUGGGAAGGCUGUUAAAAUGCCAUUUGGCCAAGAUUCACUUAUAUGUUUGAUCUGAUAUCCUGAAAGUAUGGUGGCUCUACUUCAAUGCCCUAUCUAAUUUACAUUAUGACCUUUCCCACUUAUUUUACAAGGACAGGAAUGGUUUUUGAACCUAUGUCCUGGUUUUGUGUGAUCCGAAACAGUACAGUUUAAGACUACACUUUAAAAAAAAAAUGAUUUUUGAUUUAUCAAAAGAUCGAGUAUAUAUCUGAUAUCCAAUGCUAGGCAUAACUAAAUUACACAACUAAAAGAAAUACAAUUAAGCCAAAUUGGCGUCACAAAAAUAUUUUUUUCAAAAGGACAGCUCACUGACAGAAGCGCAGUCCAUGUAAUCACAAAUAAUUGUUUAUUUUGGGACACCCAUGGUGGCAAAAGACAAAAGCGCAUCUUAAAUGUUGAGUUAGCCACACUGACAGAAGUGCUCUCAGUGUAGUCACAAAUAACUGUUUAUUUUCGGACACCUGUGGCGCCAAAUACUUUCAGGGUCAUGUUUUUUUUUUCAAUGUAAAAAUUUUAAUGUCCUGGUUUUACAUUUGAAAAAAAAGGUUUCCUUAUGCUUCUGUUGUUAUUUAAUUUACAAUAAAAUGAGUAGUGAAACUCUUGACUUCACAACCCUGAAAAUAAAAAUGGAAGUCUAAAGCUAUAUUUAUGACUUAACUCACAUGUUGUAAUAAAUCAAUUAUGUUAACUAUAGUUGAUAAAAUGAUAAAAUAUAGUAAAAUAAUCAUUUCAGAUUGGAUGGUAGCAGUAAAGCUAUGCAACAUAUUACUGGGAGAGUAACUCCUGUUGACAAGAAACAGAUUAUUGCAUCUUCUUCUUCUCCCAAAGGGGAUAACUAUUCAAUUACACCUAUACACAGUGAAGCAUCCAAAGGUAUGGUAAACUUAAGAAAUUAUUCACAUUAGUAUUACUGAAAUAGAUCUGAAUAUCUAUUUAAUUUUGUAAACAAAAUUUGCUUCAUGAACUAAAAAUCUUGAUUUUACCUUCUUAGGAACAGAUGAUAUUGCAUUAGUUGGGGAAAUAACUGACAGCUCAGAUGAAGAUGUAGAAGCUGUGGUCAAGCCAUCUAAUCACCAUACAAGUAAGAUAUUUUAAGAUAAACAUUUGUCCCCUGAGACACAGUAUAUUUUAAGGAGCAUUUAUUGGGUGUAUUUGAAUUUUAAUUUUAAAAAACUUCACAUAAUUUUUUUUUAGGAUGAAUUUUCGGCUGUUAAAAAUGUCUUUUCUUUCAAAUUUUCAUAACAGAUUCUCAUCACCCUUCCAGUAAUAUGAAAUUUGAUGUCUUAGAUGAUGACUUGGCCCUCAGUGAAUCUGGCAGUGACAGUGAAUAAACCUAUGAUCACUAUCAAUUUUAACUUAUGAACGAACCUCUUCAAAAUAUUUUAUUUACCAUGAGAUUCAUUUUUUUUUUGGUUGCUUUUGUGUGAGUUUGCUUUUUGAAAAUACUCUUAAAAAUGUUCUGAUGUGACCGCUUGGUACAGUUGGUGAAGAUGAGAUGCUGUUCAAAAAAAGUUGUAUAUGAUCAUAAUAUAUUUAAGAUGUCAGUUAUUCUCCUGAUUGUUGAUGUUGCAUUAUAAUUCAAAUCAUAUGUCCUUACCAAUGCUGAUGGAUAAACUGCACAAUUUAUUAGGGUAUCAUUCCAUUGAUGGAAUGUGUAAAUAUCCGUAUAUAAUGAACACUCUAUUUUUACGGGUACUUAUCUAAGAAGCUCCAACAGAGUGGUCAUCACUAAAAAGCUCUUAAUUGUUAUUAUUUUUAAAAAGUAUUUUAUGUGUUACACUGCUAAUUUAAUAUGAAAUAAUAUCAUAAUACUGCUUGUAACGUAAAUAAACUUAAGAAUUUGUGAAUUUAAAAAAAAUCCUGUUUUUAACAUUCAUACUAAGGCCUCUUCCAAUUUUUGUUUUAUUGUUUAUCUUGAAACUAUUCCUUUUGUAAUUAUAUUUCUUGCUUUGAUCUGUUUUGAGUGAAUUUGCUUAAUUAUACUAUUAUUUUAUGUGUCCAUUUUUUUUUUCAAAAAGUAUAAAUUCUUGUUUUGCCAUCUGAUGCAAACUGAGGUAUUUUUUUGUUUGUAAUUGCAAAUUAUUGCCUCUUUUCAUUGCCCACCCAGCCUCAGACUUAUAUUUAAGAGCCUUUUCUAAAUUAAAGUCUGGUGGUGUGGCAAUCUUCAAAGAGGUGCAUAUGAUGGGGCAGAAAAUAUAUUUUUCUUCAAAUAGAUGAGCUAGUUCUUAAAAACAAAGCUGGGAAAAGUUAAUGAGCUGGAGUUUAAAGUGAAGUUUUGAUGUCUCCUUUUGGUAACUAACUGAUAAUGUUAUAAAUAAUAGUUUAUAUCAAUGGUACUACCAGUGUAUUAGUUAAUCUUUUGUCCACUUGAAUGUCUCAAUCAUAGUGUCGAAGUUACAUCUAAAGCAGUGAAUUUAUGUCUAAUUAGAGACUGAAUCCUAUGCCUGUAUCUCUGGAAAAUAGAUUUCAUGAUGCCUUUCAUUAAUUUUAUGUUUAUUCUGCAAUACAAAAUACAUGCAUGAUGU